AUGGGCAAACACACGCGACUGGACACCCAGCAGGCGGCACAGGAAGAAUCUGAUUUUCCGCGUUUCGCGGAACCCAUUGCCAAUGUCACUGUCUCUAUUGGCCGAGAUGCCCUUUUGGCAUGUGUGGUGGAGAAUCUCAAGGGCUAUAAGGUGGCCUGGGUGAGGGUGGACACGCAGACAAUCCUAUCCAUCCACCAUAACGUAAUCUCGCAGAAUAGCCGCAUCAGCUUGACCUACAAUGACCAUCGUUCGUGGUACUUACACAUCAAGGAGGUGGAGGAGACGGAUCGCGGGUGGUACAUGUGCCAAGUCAACACGGAUCCCAUGCGCUCCAGAAAGGGAUACUUGCAGGUGGUGGUUCCUCCGAUGAUUGUCGAGGGCCUGACUAGCAACGACAUGGUGGUGCGCGAGGGUCAGAAUGUCUCCCUGGUUUGCAAGGCACGUGGCUAUCCCGAGCCCUACGUCAUGUGGCGUCGCGAGGACGGCGAGGAAAUGCUAAUUGGCGGGGAGCACGUCAACGUGGUCGACGGCGAGCUGCUGCACAUCACCAAAGUCAGUCGCCUGCACAUGGCUGCAUAUCUGUGCGUCGCCUCCAACGGAGUCCCGCCAUCGAUUAGCAAGCGGGUCCACCUGCGUGUGCAAUUUCCACCGAUGUUAUCAAUUCCUAAUCAACUUGAAGGAGCUUACCUGGGCCAAGACGUUAUACUAGAGUGCCACACCGAAGCCUAUCCAGCCUCGAUUAACUAUUGGACCACGGAACGAGGCGACAUGAUCAUAUCGGACACCUCGCGAGCCGGCGAUAAAUACGAGACCACAUCAACCGUCAGCGGUUACACAAAAUACAUGAAGUUAAAAAUCCGCGCCGUUGGCCCCAACGAUUUUGGCACAUAUCGCUGUGUGGCGAAGAACUCUCUGGGCGAAACUGAUGGAAAUAUAAAACUGGAUGAAAUGCCAACACCAACAACGGCCAUUAUUUCAGAGAUGUCCUUGCUCAACCGCAGCUAUGAUGGCAAGAGACGUCAUAGAAAUAAAUUUGACUCGGCUAACGCUCUGCCUGAUUAUGGGGUUGAGGAGUGGCGUGACGGUGCCCAAGGCAACCAUGCUGGGAACAAUGGCGAUAACAAUCAAACGCCCGUGCGUAAUCCGCCCGGAGCAUUUCACAAUUCUGCAGGCUCACUGGCGCAGCAUAAUCUACUUGCUAAAAUAAUGCUCGGCAUUAAAACGCAAUCAUUUGGGAUUUUCAAACGUUUAUCGAGUUCUUUCCCGACGGCUGCGAAGCAAGGCUCCCUUUGGCUGUCGACAUUAUCGCUGGGCUCGCCAAGUCGGUGGCGUAUGAGUAAUAUGGAAAAACGGCCGAAUACACCGGAGACCGUUGUCAACGACGAUACUGCCUUUGAAUGCUGGGAGAGGAGAAAUCAUUGCGGGAAUAAGAACAACAUAACCAACAGCCCAACAAGGUGGGCGGGGCAUUCGCGCAUAUUUCACAUUGCUCAUACGCCGUGUGGCGCGUCAACGCAGCACUCGAAACGCCAACACGAACGCCUAUACGAACGCCAGUGGCAAUGGCUGUGGAAAUGGAAGUGGCAGUGGCAGUGGCAGUGGCCAAUGCUCAUUUGCAUAGUAAUAUUGGUUGGCUGUUUCGUUCGGUGGCUGCCAAUGUUGCUGCAUUUUAUCGGCCGCCACAUCGGAACAUUUUCUAUUAGCGCGACGCAUAGGCAACAUUUAAUGUGCACAUUUUGGGCCAUCCGUGGUAAUAAGGUUGUCGCCAAAAACACCAACACCACAGCCGAGCCAAGUACCGUCGAUAUGCUCUGCCCUCGGAAAUUUUCAAGAUGAAAUCAAAUAAUUGCAAAGGGCAAAAAGAAACUCAUUUAGGGCACAAGCAGCUUGAAGGUAAAGAAAAUCAAACCUUGGCCAGAGGAGGACAAGGAUUAAAAUGAACAGGAGUGAGGAAGUAGUACGGACAACUGCAAAGGUAGAAAGUCAGAUAUAGAUAUGUUUAUACUAGAGCGUAAAAUGAAAAUCAUGUUAGGAACGAGCUGGCCAAGAGCGACAGCUGAUGUGCAGCAAAUAAGGAUGGCUACAUCCGACAUUCGGCGAAUGAUGUGGCUUCAGUACUUAUCGGAAGUCUAACAAAAUUUAAUGUACCUAUUAGUAUCAAAAUGAAUGUCUUGGAAUAAAUAUAAUUUGUUAUCUUUAUAUGAUUUCAAAUCAUGACGUUCGAAUGUAAAAAUACAAUUGUUUGAAAAACCGAAAAAUAUUUGCUGAUUUAGAAUCAAAAGGUUGAGAAAUAUAAUUUUUAUCUUUUAAAUAAAUUAUUUUCAAAACUCAAAUAUCUUUAAGGUUUAAGUUGAAAGCCACAGCAAAUAAAAAAAGUUGUAUUAUGUAAAAACCAUAAUAGAUCCAAUUAAAUGGAAAUAAAUUAAUUAUAGUCCACAAAAAAAUGCAAAACAGAAAUGGCAAAAGAGUGGAAAAAACGGUUAAUCAAAUUUGCAUUUAGAUGAAAGUAUUUACGCAUACUCAUACAUAGCGAAUUUACAUAGUAAAUUUAGCAGAAUUAUAAAAUAAAACAGAAAAAGAUUAAAGGAAAAAUGUAAACCACAAAAUGGCAAAGCAAAAAAGUGUGGAAUUAAGUAAUUCAUUGGAUAUAAAGUUGAUACUAAAACAAUAUUGAGAUUGUUUAUCCUAUUUUUUAUCCCAAAAAUCAUAGUGUUAACAAUACUUUGGCUUAUUCAAUUAAUUUGAUUUGCAUUGCAUUUAAUUUGCUCAAUUUUAAAUUAUUUAUUACCGUACAAAAGAUGUAAUGAUUAUUAACCCCAAUGAAUGCCAUAUUAAUUUUAAUUUCCUGCAUUCCUGUUAUGAUUUAUCAUGUUGUUGAGAAUUUAAUUAAAGCAUUUGUAUACUCCCUUUAAAUGUAAAUAUUUAAAUAGCAUAAGCAUUAAUGAGUAUUAAAUGAAUUUAAUGAAACUUCGCUGUACAUAUGAAAGAAAACUAAGUGUGAAACUAUACCUACAAUUCCAUCUAAGGCUCAUAGGACUUACAGGGCCCUAUUUAAAUAUAUUUAUGAAACAUGAAAUGAAAUGGAUAAACGUGCUUUAGUUUUCAUUUGUAAAUAAAUCUACCACAUUUAUCUAUACAAGUUGAAAUGAAUGUUAACGCGUUAAUGAAAUAAAAUAUAUAUCUAUAGGUGUAGGAAAACCAAAAAAAGGAGUGCAAGAACACAACCAAAUUUUGCAGUUAAAAUAUGAUGAGACCUAUUUAUUUAAGCCUACUUAAGAAGCUCAGAAAACUUAAACAUGAAAUCGGAAGAUUAUAUAUAACACGUAAGAUAGCUAUAGCAUAUGAAUAUAUAUGUAUUGAGCUCUAUAUAUGUGAAUAAGUGGCAUAUCUAUGUGACAUAUUUGUAUGUAAAUGUACGCAAAAGUUUACAGCAAAAAUAAAACCAAAAAAAAUACAAGCCCAACACAGUUUACUAUAAUUCCAUUUGAAGGGC